GAUGACGAAGGCAGGUGCAGGGCGGCUCCUUUUUCCAUGUUUUUUUACAAGAUAUUGUUAUAAUUUUGCACAACAAUGCAUCUAUUAAUACGCGUUCGUCAAUCUCAUUAAUAGGACUUUGGACAAUUGAAUAGGAAGAAGAGCAUACCAAAAAAGCCCAAUGGGGCCAUAAAAAAUAUAAAAAUGAGUAAACGAAUUGGCUCGGAGUACCUUCCCCUUGUUGACGAGGAAAUUCCAAGAUACAGAAUCGUUUUAAACUUUUCAAAAGUCGCCUGGUUUACUGUAUCAUUGCCCUUUUUUGCAUUUAUCUUCUGCGUUAUUUGGUCUGUUCUAUACAACUUUGAACAAUCAACUUUUACACACUGUCAGGUGUAUAAUUUUUUGCCGUCCAUCUCGGCUGCUAUUGGCCAUUAUAAGCCACAAAAAGACGUUUGGAAAGCUGCGAUAGCGAUUCAGGCUUUUAUCAGAGCUUUGGUAUUUAUAAUGUAUUAUCGUUUUUAUAAAGAAAAAAUAUAUAAAUGGGCACAAGGAAUGAGCAAUAUGGCAUUAGCCACUUAUGUCAUUGAAAAUAUUGCACUCGUCUCCUUAAGCUUUUGGUCGUCAAAUGAAAAUUAUGCGAUACACAAGCUGUCUUUUAUAACCUUUCUAGUAAUGUCUAUAAUCCACAUGUUCCUAUCAUAUUUUUUAAUGAUAAAAUGCAAAAACCUGACCAAGGAUGUGUCAGAAACUAUUUCUUUGAAAUGGAAAUUUAGGUCCAUGGUAUUGAACAUAACUUCCAUAUUUUUGGCGGGUUAUUUCUUCUACAGGCAUAACACGUUUUGCGAACCAUUAGUUUACUCGAUGUUUGCGCUCGCCGAGUAUCUGGUGGUCGUAACAAAUAUGAGCUUCCAUUCGACAGCCGCCUGGGAUUUUGUAGGACGACGUCUGCUCAUAUCGCCAAAAGGAUUCAGAAUCAUAUAAAUCAUUUUCACGGGAAUUCCUUUUUUUCCCCCGGGCCUCGGACUCAUCCAUUUCAAAAAUCAAAAUUUCUAAAGAUUUUUUAUGAUUUCAGUGAGUUUCUAAAAAAAUUAUUGUGAUUUCCAUCAUUUAAACCGAAUUCAAGGGGUUUAAACAAUUUAAAGGAUUUUAACUGAUUUUAGGGAUUUUAAGAGAUAUUAUGUUUAAAAUCUUUUGGAAUAUUUAAAAAAAUUACAAUGGUUUUCUAAAAAAAAUUCACGAGAUUUCCAACAGUUAAACCGAUUCCAAAUUUAAUUGUUUUUAGGGAUUUCAAAGGAUUUUAUAGGGUUUAAAAUAGUUUUAAGUAUUUGAAAAUAUUUAAGGGUUUUCUAGAAAAUUCACGCGAUGUCCAACAUUUAAAGCAAUUCCAAGGGGUUUAAACAAUUUAAAGGAUUUGAACUGUUUACAGGGAUUUGAAAGGAUUUUAUAAUGUUUAAAAUCUUUUAGAAUGUUUGGAAAAAGUGCAAGGAUUUUAUAAAAAAAUUCCGAGAUUUCCAAAAUUUAAACCGAUUCCAAGGGGUUCAAGCACUUUAAAGGAUUUGAACUGAUUUUGAAAGAUAUUUUUUAAAUCUUUUGGAAUAUUUAAAAAAAUUACAAUGGUUUUCUAAAAAAAAUUCACGAGAUUUCCAACAGUUAAACCGAUUCCAAAUUUAGCUGUUUUUAGGGAUUUCAAAGGAUUUUAUAAAGUUUAAAAUAGUUUAAAGUAUUUGAAAAUAUUUAAGGGUUUUCUAACAAAUUCACGCGAUUUCCAACAUUUAAACCAAUUCCAAGGGGUUUAAACAAUUUAAAGGAUUUGAACUGUUUACAGGAAUUUGAAAGGAUUUUAUGUUUAAAAUCUUUUAGAAUAUUUGAAAAAAGUGCAAGGAUUUUACAAAAAAAUCCGAGAUUUACAACAUUUAAACCGUUUCUACUAGGUUUCAAAAAUUUAACUGAAUCCUGGGAUUUCAAAGGAUUUUAUAGGGUUUAAAACAGUUUAAAAUAUUGGAAAACAUUUCAAGGGUUUUCUAACAAAUUCACGAGAUUUCCAACAUUUAAACCGAUUCCAAGGGGGUUAAACAAUUUAAAGGAUUUGAACUGAUUUUAGGGAUUUUUAAAGAUAUUGGUUUUAAAAUCUUUUGGGAUAUUUGAAAAAAUUAAAAGGGGUUUCUAAACUAAUUCACGAGAUUUCCAACAGUUAAACCGAUUCCAAAUGAUUUUACAGGGUUUAAAAUAGUUUAAAAUAUUUGAAAACAUUUCAAGGGUUUUCUAAAAAAUUCACGAGAUUUCCAACAGUUAAGCCGAUUCCAUUUUUAACUGUUUUCAGAGAUUUCAAAGGAUAUUAUAGGGUUUAAAAUAGUUUAAAGUAUUUGAAAAAAUUUAAGGGUUUUCUAAAAAAUUCGCGAGAUUUCCAACAUUUAAACCGAUUCCAAGGGGUUUGAACAAUUUAAAGGAUUCGAACUGAUUUCAGGGAUUUCGUAAGGUUUCAAAUCUUGCAGAGUAUUUUAAAAGAUUUUUUUUUCACAAACUUUUUAAGAAACUUUGAGAGAUGGUACAAAUUUUAAGAUAAUUUGCGGAUUUCAAAAGUAUUUCAAGAGAUUUGUAGAGAUUUUAUGAGACAAUUGUGAUUUUAUAGGAUCUCCAAGAACUUUAAAAAUAUUUUAAUUUUCAAGAGAUUUUAAAAG